AGUGUCUAAUGAGGGUAGUAAAGGUUGUUCAAGCAAGGUCCAGAUUUCCCGACUACGGGAGCGCAAGGUCACUGUUUACAAAGGGGAGGAGCUGGCUGCUGAGCGGCAGGAGCUGAGGUGGUGGGUUCUCCCCGGUGCUGGAUGGGAAGACAGACAGGUAGACGACACACAAGAGCUACUGAAAUGCAAAUCUCUGUGUAUCUGGAAAAGGCCUGGUACUGUACUGGAAGAUCUGGCCAGCAACCAUUAAGCAGUGUCCGGACUAUCAGCACACUCUAAAGGAGGGGCUUCUGUAACUCAAGAGUUAAUGGCCAAUCAGAGCCUUGAGGUGGACCUGCUCAUGUAACUCAAGACUUAAGGACCAAUCAGAGCCUUGAUGUGGACCUAGAUCAGAGGAGGCGGGAUCUUCCGGGUGCGCCUUGCUGCAGCUUCAGCUUUGUAGCUGAGCCGGCUUGAAAAGUUCUGUUUGUUUUUCUCUGAGCGCUGCUGCUGGAUGCUGUGAGGGAAGCUCUGGCAAGUUCCUCAUUCGCGACAUGAUCUACUCCUCCAACUCCUUUUCAGGAUAGGGCAGGCCUCCAAGAGAGCACAAGGAAACAAGAACAAGAUACAAAAAGACAAGGCAAUAGACUUCAUAUUGACACUGUACAAGGCCACCUGAUAAGAGGAAAAGAGUCUUAGAAGCAGAAUGGAAUGACCUAUGAUGAUGUGCAUGUAAACUUCACUGGAGAAGAGUGGGCUUUGCUGGAUCCUUCCCAGAAGAAGCUCUACAAGGAUGUGAUGCUGGAAACCUACAGAAACCUCACUGCUAUAGGUUACAGUUGGGAAGACUGUAAUAUUGAAGAACAUUUUCAACGUUCUAGAAGACAAGAAAGGCACGAAACAAGUCCUACUGGAGAAAAACCUAUAUAUACUCAGUGUGGUAAAGUGUUUACACAUCACAGUCAUCCUCAAAAACAUGACAGAACUCAUCCUAGAGAGAAACCUCAUGAAGGUAUUCAAGAUGGUAGAGCCUUUGUACAGCACAGUCACCUUCAAAGGCAUGAAAGUAUUCAAACUGGAGAGAAACUUUAUGCAUGUAAUCAGUGUGGUAAAGCUUUUGCACAUCGUAGUUACCUUCGAAAGCAUAAAAGAAUUCAUAUUGUAGAGAAACCCAAUGAAUGGAACCAAUGUGGUGAGGCCUUUGCAUGUGAAGGUAAUCUCCAAAUACAUAAAAGGACAUGUCCUGCACAGAAACCCUAUGAAUGUAACCAAUGCGGUAAAGCCUUUAGGCGGCACAAUAGUCUCCAAGUACAUAAAAGAACGCAUACUGGAGAGAAACCCUACAAAUGUGAUCAAUGUGAUAAAGCCUUUUCACAACAAGGUCAUCUUAGAAUACAUAAAAGAACACAUACUGGAGAGAAACCCUAUGAAUGUAAUCAAUGUGGUAAAGCCUUUGCAGUCCACAGUACUCUCCAAAUACAUAAAAGGACACAUACUGCAGAGACACCCUAUGAAUGUAGUCAAUGUGGUAAAGCCUUUAGGCGGCACAACACUCUGCAAAUACAUAAAAGAACACAUACCGGAGAGAAACCCUACAAAUGUGAUCAAUGUGAUAAAGCCUUUUCACAACAAGGUCAUCUUAGAAUACAUAAAAGAACACAUACUGGAGAGAAACCUUAUGAAUGUAAUCAGUGUCGCAAAGCUUUUGCACGCCAUAGUCAUCUUCAGAUUCAUGAAAGAAUUCAUACUGGUGAAAAACCUUACAAAUGUAAUCAAUGUGAUAAAGCCUUUUCACAAUAUGGUGGUCUUCAAAUACAUAAAAGCACACAUACUGCUGAGAAGCCCUUCGAAUGUAAUGAAUGUGGCAAAACUUUUUCACAACACAGUUAUCUCCGAACACAUAAAAGAACACAUACUAGAGAGAAACCCUAUAAAUAAGGAAUGUGGUAAA